AUGUCGUUGCUACCGUUAUUGAAGAAACGUGAUGACUCUCAAUUAUCGUCGAAGGAGAAACGGUACUCCCAAAAUGUCGAGAGGGCCCUUGUUACAUUCGAAAGCGUGGUUGAAUGGGCAGACUACAUUUCAUACUUGAGCAAGCUGCUUAAGGCACUACAGACAAAUCCAGCUCCUCAAGAGAAUCAUUGGAUUCCACAACAGUUCACUGUAUCGAAAUCACUGUCAAAAUGUCUAUCUCCCAAGCUGCCUAGUGGAGUUCACCGCAAAGCAUUGGAAGUGUAUGAGUUAAUCUUUGAAACGCUGGGAAUCCAAGCUUUGGGUGCUAACAUUUCUGUUUGGCUACCUGGACUAUUACCUUUGAUGUCGUUUGCAUCCAUUACUGUCAAGCCGUGGCUAAUCAAGCUGUUUCAGGACUUCAUAGUGAAGAUCAACCCCGAGGAAUUACACGUCAUAAUGAAAUCAGUGCUGCUGAGUUUGUUGCCCGGCUUGGAUGAUACCACUUCUGAGUCGUUUAGUUCUACCAUGAGCCUGAUUGAGGGGUUCAAGACUAACCUGAAUGAUGACACCCAUUUCUGGCAGUGUCUGUUUCUGUGUAUCAUCACCUCCCCUGAUAGAAGACAGGGAGCGUUGGAAUGGUGUAUAAAAAAGCUGCCGAGUUUCAUUCCGGAAACAAGUGCAGAUGAGCAAACUCAGACGGAAGACGAUAUCGAGGCAGAGGACGGAUCCGUUGAGAAAGAAACCCCAGAAUCUUUGCAUUCGCUUUCACCAACAGGUGUAUUGAGCCUUCUUCAACUCGAGACCAGAAGCUGUGUGCUACCAAGCACCAAACUAAUGAUGAUGGCAUUCUGCAAAGGUCUUGGAGAUGAAAAUGUCCUCGUUCAAAGAGGAUUUUUUGAUCUUCUGGUGACCAAGAUUGAGCUCAAGUCCCCAAUCCUCCAAAUCUUGACCUCCACUUCGGACCAGAAGACUUUGGUGAUGAGUGCCACGAAGACAGUUCUUAGAAAAGACAUGUCUUUGAACAGAAGGCUGUGGAACUGGCUGCUUGGACCCGAGACGGAAAAGUUAGAAGCAGAGGGUUCUUCCCUCACCAGGUCAGAAUACUUUAAGGCUUACGGGUUGACGACUCUCUCGGAAUCUCUGCUUGAUAUGAUCAAUGGAGCAAACUCUUCGGAAACCCCACACCAGCAGCGUAUAGAAGCGUAUAGAAUAUCAGUGGCAUUGAUGGAUAGAUGGGAAAUUGGACAAUUGAUAAUUCCCAAGAUUCUGACCCCUAUCUUGCAGAGUGCUAAGACUUCUGUGGAUCUGAGCUCCGGUCCGAUGACGGAUGAGGUGCUGCGGAAUGCAGGCGCGUUUUUCGAUGGAGUCGAGUCAAUCAACAUAUGGAGUGAUCUGCUCAAGUUGUCAAAGGAUCGCGAGUUCGAUAUACUACUGUUUGUCCUCAAGAACUUCAACGUCGAGGAAGAAGAUAUGGUGAUAGCUCAUAUACCCAUGAUUUUGUUGAUGACGUUUUUGCAGAACGAGGAAUCCGGCGACAUAAGAUGGAUCGUGUACUCCAAGGCACUGCUGAGUGUGAUACCUCAGAGAGCCUUCUUGCCCAUAGAACAUGCGGCACCCGAAUUCUUGGAGCCAUUGGACGUGGACUCAAAGACAAAGGUUAUGUCCAAGAUAGAAGAUUAUUAUUCAACUGCAGAGGUGUUUGAAGAUCGUUCCAAACCGUUUACAGGUGCAGAUAUGGGUGCUCUACUUCUCAACACCGUUUCAUCUUUGGUUUCAAGCAGAUUUCAAGAUGCCAGUCUAAUCAAGGGUGACUCGACCUUUGCCCUUUGCGAGAUUCUAUCAGAGCUUUUAGGGAAAGUGCCCAUGGGAGAAAAGAUGUACAGGAAUGAUACGUUGAUAAAGUCUGCUCUUGAUUUAGAGAAUGCCGGUUUCGAUGUACCCAUAACCUUUGGACUUGCUGUGAUAUUCAACCCUCUGGUCAAGUCCUGUACGUACACCGAGAAGACGAGGCUUUUGAAAGUUUUGACCAACUUUCUUUGGCUCGCUCUAGUUGACAAAUCCUGCAAAUAUCCCGUGGAGACAGUUAGAUGCAUUUGGAACAUGGAGAUGAGCGUCGAGUCCCAUUAUAUUGAAGGAGCGCUCUCCUCGCUUUUCACCAAAGAUGACCAACCCUAUGAAGUGAAGAUGAGGGCUUUCUCUGCCUUAUGGACACACACAGCCACAUACCAUGGCACGAAUCAAAUUCUCAUGCGCCCCACGUUUCUGUUACUGGAUGACCUAUCUUCAGAAGAUGAGACUAAGUACAUCCAAGUCUCUGAUUGGAUCAUAAAUUGCCUAGGCGAUGGAUCAAUCAGCAGAAUCUACAAAAUGCUUGGAACAAAACUGUUGAGUUUCCCAUUUCUCGUUAGCGGAAGUUUGAGUAGGGAUGACGAUCUCACCAGGUUUUCUUACCAGCUUGAGACCGUUGCCAACCUACUGAAUGUAAGCGCAGGUCCACUUACACAGUCCAUUGCAAAAGAGCUUUGUGUGCUAGAAAGCAGUGUUGAGAUGAAAGUCAUAGAUGCCAACAACUGGAAUAUCUCGACAUACAAAUCCCUUCUCAUAAUCGUGGUAAUGAAGUUCUUAUCGCUGAGUCCACCUCAAAACAGCGCGGAUGAGUUCUGGGAACCAUACGCAAGAUGUGUCAAAUUAUCCUUGAAAUUAUUGGGUAUACUUCUCAAUGGAACUGAACCAGAGUUCUAUUCUAUAAUGAUACAAACUGUUGAAUUUUGCUCCACCCUCAAUGCCGACACCUCUAUCAAGGACUUGGUCGAGGUCAGCUACGUGGAUGCCAUAGGCUCUCUGUUACAGACUGCUGCUUCAAGAGGCUCAACGCAGCCAUUGGUUGCCCCCAAUGCCACCGAGGGGUCUCCUGGCUUUGACGUUUAUUUGGAUUUCUUAUUGCUUGGUAUAAGCAACUCCAAGAGUGCAAUUGUUGUGGAUGCAUGGAUGAGACUUCUUUCUGUGUCUUUGAAACUACACAAGAGCGUGGUAUUCAGCAUACUGCCUGAAGUGACUGGUUGUAUCUGCUCAAAAAUUGAGGAUUUGUUUCUCCGUUUCAAGGAGACGUGCUCAACAACAAUUGUGACCAAUGGAGAAGAACUCCUCGAUGGAAAUCUAUACGAGUCUUUUUCGUUUUUGAUGGGAGGUCUUCAGCAGCUGUUGAUUAUUUCGUAUGAUUAUAUGAAAGAGAUUGACAGUUCGUCGUCUGCUGGAGUAGGAAGCAGAUUGACUGGUGAGUCAGGGUUCUUUGGCACGGUCAUGCAAGGCGUUUUCCAGGUUGAAGCCCCUUCUCAUAGAGAUGCCGUUCUCACCAGGAAGUUGACUGUUCUGAAUGCCUUCAAGUCUGCUACCGUGAUGUCAUACAGAAUAUGGCUCUGGGCUGACCAAAACUCAAAGGUGACAGGACUACAGCCAGUCAACAGCGGUUCCACUUUGAAUGUGUUCAAACAAGUAUCUCGCAUGGGAAGUUUCACGGGCCAUUACAAACUGCCUUCAUCUUCUAAAGAAACCACAGACGGAUUUCUGAAGUUUGACAAGUCCUUGAGUUAUACAGCAGGAAAGCUGAAGUUCCGCACAAAAAAGCUUUUGGAGAUGUUGUAUAGACUAGAGACUCUAGAGUCUUUGGAAACUCUCAUUGAAGCACAGAACAACCAGUUCUGUUCCCUUGGAACGCCAUACACAAUUUUCAAGAUCAUUCAUGUUUUGGACGGCGGUAGACCUCAGAACACGCUCCCACAUCUUUUCAACUCUCUGAUAACACGUGUGAAUCCUACUGCCAUAGAUGUUGGGAGCAGGUCUUCUCUGAACAACGAUCUUACCGAACGCAUGAUUUCUGCUUUCAUUGUGCAAUAUGCAGAAUCUUUGGGUAAUGACACAAUUGAGGAUAUUUGGCCUCAAGUGACACAAUUUCUGAAAGAUGUCCAGUCAAACUCGGCAAUAUUCAAGCAUCUUUAUCCUGAUCUGUUGAGAUUCGUCUGCAUUUUAGGCUUGAAACUUGGGCAAACCAGAUUUGGUGAGCAAAAAAGAGUUAGAAGGGAGCUCACCGAAUACUUCACCAAGAUGCUCGGUGUGGCGGUGUAUUCCAGAUUCCAAUCGGAUGGCCUGUCGUCACUUUUGACAAACCCUCUUUCCUUUCCUCUAUCAGCAUCAGAAGAAGCAAAAACCCCAACUCCCGUUGAAACUGGAAUGACUGCGGCUUCCAAGCUGAUAGAGGGCCAGGCCAACUCUGGUUCUCAGGUAUCUCUACCGGAAGGUGCAAACAAACAGCAGAUUUCGCAGGAGGAACUUUGCAAUGCGUUAUUUGAGAUCAUUCCCAAGAUUCAAGUCCUGGUACAAGACAACGACAAGGUAAUCAACUCACUGAAUUCAAUUGUUGCUGGAGUGGCUAUCCCAGUUCUUAAGGGUAAGGCUGUUGGCUCGAUUCCAAACUACGCCAUAGCCUUGCUCACCGUGAUCAGUGACGCUUCAGCUGUGAACAUCAAGGGCUGGAAGUCCCUGUUAUACGAUGUCCUCAUGGAUACUAAGUUUUUCACCAUGAGCAUCACUGAAUCCGCACCAUGGAACUCCAUCAUGUUCACCUGGAUCGAUGGCGAUAAGGAGAGAAUGUCGGAUCUUAUUAGUCGUAUGCAACCAUACUCAGGAAACUCCACGUUGUUUGGAUGGAAUGAUUCUGAGCUGACCACUCGUGGUCUCCACCUCAAGCGUGUUGCCUACUUGCUGAUGGUUUCACCAGUGGACCGUUAUCUCAUCAACGUGAAAGACAUCGUGAACAGAUUGUCUGAUAUACUGGCUGGAACAGGAGGAAUACUGAAACCUGAUGCAUUUCUAUGUCUCAGAGCGUUGAUACUCAGGUUUACGGAGCCUCAUCUUACAACGGCCUGGCCAAUGAUCUAUUCAGAGCUACAGCAGGUGUUCCAGACAGUUCUUGCGAAGAUCGAAAAUCUCGCUGAAGGUGAAACCCCAAACUCUGAAACUGACCUGGACAUUUUGCUGAUGGCCUCCAAACUUCUAGACGUGUUGCUGUUGCUCAAGUUUGAGGAUUUCCAGCUGAACGAAUGGCUGUUUGUAUCAGAAACUCCCAAGGAUUCUGAAAAGGUCCCAACACUAGCGAUAAUUGACAGAAUCUCAGAGAUUCAAGGCGUCGAAACUAGAACAGCAUCUACGGAGAAUGACGAGCCAUUAGGUAAAAAGAAGCCAUUACUUUUAGGUUUGAAACAUGUCAAGCAGAUGACGCAGCUGCAGAGCUUCUUCAGCAAGUUGAGUUCGUUCAAUUACGAGAGUGCGUAUUCAUUGAGAGUUGCCGACACUGAGGCGUGCGAGCAUGAUAUCUUCAAUGAUUUGUUCCAAUGA